GACCAUCUUCCUAUGGGUGGUGGUAUUGGUUGCGGCGGCGAGUAUAUUUGCUUGCGCUGUGCUUUACGAUUGAUUGUUAAACUGGUUCCAUAGGAUUUGUUUGCAUGGCAAACGGUUCAGUUGCUUGUGGUACGCGUUUCUUGUGGGCACGGUAUUUUUCUGUUCGUAUCCGUUUUGUGUGUACUUUUCUUUAAGAGAUUCUUUGCAAGGUAAACAAGCAGUAGCAAUAGCAGCAGCAAAACCGUCGUAUUUUUUUUUUUUUGUCUUUUUUUUUUUGUGUCGUCGUUUAUAUUUUGGGCUGUCAUAUUUUAAAUCAGAUUUUUUGUUUCUCUCAACAACGACGAGACGCGACGCUUCAGUGUCACAAUACACAGUAAGUCGGAAAUCAGUUUCGGUUUUCUGUUUUUUUUUUUUUUUUUUUCUUGACCGAUGUUAAUUACUGUCAAAGUGAUUGUCACAUAGAAAAGAUUGUUUAUGCCUAAAUAUUCGGGUGCUGCUGUGAUUAUUUGGAACCAUUGUUAUGUCAACAUUAUUUGACAGUGUUCAGAUGUGAAUAAAUUAGAACUUGAUCAUUUGAAAAAAAAAAAAGAAAACAACACAGAAAAAAAAAAUGUACUCAUUUCGUGUGAUUGUAAUCCAUAAUGAGAGCUAGCUAAGUGAUGAUGAUGAGUACUUUACGCUCGCAGAGUGCUCUUUUCUCAUCUAUCUACUACAAAUAUUGCUGCUAACCACAAUGAUAUACCACUAGAUGAUGUACCAAUGAAGUCUAGUGUUCGCCCCAUAAAGGUGUGGUCUACUAAAGUGAUGUGCUAUUGCACUGUUGUAUUGUGUGCGCUAUAAAGAUGAUGAUGAUGCUAUAUUGCGAUGUGAUCUCCUCUGGUCAGAUAUAUCGUUCAAAUCUGAGAUACAUUAGAGGAUUAGUAUAUGUACACCUGUUCUAAGUGAUAGACGUUUUUUGUUUUUUUUUUGCAUUCUCACAUAUUGGUGUAAAAAAAUUAUAAAUUCGCGAAACAUUUUUGACACAUAAAUAAAUAAAUUAUAGUGCAAAUAUAGUGUAAACAAAUAAAUGCAAUAGAACAAAUGAAUACCAAUUUGAUUUGUAUAUAUCAUUAAUUGCUGCUUUUCAAUUGCAACAUUAAUGCAUUCAAAAAGGAUUACAACUGCACAAUAAUAAUAAAAUUGGAAAUCUCAUAAAAUUCAACAGACAAAAUAACUAGCAAACAGAUUCUGAAGAAGGUGAAUUGAAAAACCUUUAAAGGCAGCUCUGGAAUACCUCCACUAAUGAUCUAGUAUGUGCGAUAUGUUUCAAUUGAAUUCAGCAUCAAUGUAUAUGAAUCAAACGUGUAAAGUUUGUGGAGAACCUGCUGCUGGUUUCCAUUUUGGUGCUUUCACUUGUGAAGGUUGUAAGUCGUUUUUUGGCCGCUCCUACAACAAUUUGUCAUCCAUCUCCGAGUGCAAAAAUAACGGCGAAUGCAUCAUUAACAAGAAAAAUCGGACAGCAUGCAAGGCGUGCCGCCUGCGGAAAUGUCUCAUGGUUGGCAUGUCAAAGAGCGGCUCACGCUACGGUCGUCGCUCCAAUUGGUUCAAAAUCCAUUGCCUCCUACAGGAGCAACAACAACAAGCGGCGGCCGCUGCUGCCGCCGCCGCCGCCCACCACAAUAGUCACAAUAAUAAUCAAAAGGGCGCUGCACCGGGCUCCGUCAACCAGCACCAACCAUCGGCAGCCACAUCACUCAGCAUGCUAGGUCAUCCGGGUGCGUAUCCACCUGGUCUCUAUCCGCCACGUACAAAAGAGGAACUCAUGAUGCUGGGCUUAACAGAAGAUUACGGUAAGCAUCUUGCUGCUGCACAGUCACCUUCGGUCAGUUCGCCGGAUAGUCAUAAUUCAGACAGUUCGGUGGAUGUGAAUGUGCGGAGUAAUACGCUGUUGCGGCUGGGAAAAUCCCCAAUGGACAUGCCACCGCAUUUGAGUAAAGACUUGUUCCUGCCACUGCCGUUCCCAGGCUUGGGUUCGAUGCCAGUUAUGCCGCCGCCAGCCUUUCUCCCGCCAUCCCAUUUGCUAUUUCCUGGAUAUCAUCCUGCUCUCUAUCAGCAUCAUCAAGGAUUGUUGAAGCCGUCUUCAGCGUCGUCGGCGCUGGAGCAACAGCAGCAUCACCUCUUUAGCAAUGCCACUUCGCCACUUUCGACAAGUGGCAGCAGUAGCACGAAUAAUCGAUAUACACCGACGAAAAGUGUGGAAAAGGAUACAAUCAGUGAUCGGGGAAGUCCUUCACUCUUCCUUAAUAACAACAACAAUAAUCACAUUGGUGGCAACAACGGCAGUAAAUCAGCAGCUGAAGAGCUGACAAAGAGGUUCUACUUGGAUGCCAUGUUGAAGUCACAGCGACAGCAGUUAUCUUCAACAUGCAAUACAUCCACCACCAACUCAACGACGACUGUGACGCAUGCAACAAUCACACCGAAUUCUGACAGCGGGGUGAUGUGUGGCAAUAAAAGUUCCACCGAUGACGACAUUGAUGCCGAAAUCGAGGAGCAUUGUGAUGAAGAUGACGACAUCAAUGAUGCUGCAACUGAUUGCAGUGAGAAUCUAGUGGUUUCUAUGACACCUCCAAGAUCACCAACUAUUCAGACAGGAGUUACCACAGUUACCGCCGCGACCACUGAUCAUCAGGAUAAUCCAAUUGAUUUGAGUAUGAAAACUGGAAGCAGUUCGAUGAGUAGUAAGAGCAGUAUUGAUGGUUCGAUUGAUGACAAUCGACGGUUAUCUGGGGCGGAAAGUGAUGGUAGAAGUGGUUUGGGGGAGGGCGAUGAUGAUGAGACAAGAACUACAAUUACAACAACAAUUAAAAAGAGUACACCAUUUAGUAAUAAUAAGGCCAGUAAUAAUAAUAGUGACGAUGAAGGUUCGUGCGAAUUCGAUCAUCAUAGUAUAAAACGGAUAAAAAUGCAUAUUACAACGACACCGUUAGAUCUGACAACAAGGGUUUGAAUAUGUUUUUUAUUCUUGAUAAUAGGGAAAUAUGAUAUCACUAAUAAAAGUUGAAGAAAAGAGAUAUUAAUGAACAAUUUCUUAGAAAAAGUCACAUUACCAAGUAAAAAGAAAAUUGUUUUAUGAACCAACAUUUCAUUUAACCAGGUUUGACUGUUUUUCAAAAUUUUGAUUGUUUUACUUAAAAUGGCUUCCCUUCUAUACAAAAAUACUCAAAAAUCAUUCCUACUAUUUAAUUUAAGUGUGAAAGAAGGAACAUUUCCCUGGGACUAAGUAUCAGUGCAAAAUUAUUUUUGAAGAAUUUGAUAAAUAGCGUCUUAAUUUUCUAUCGAAAGCGAAAACUGUUAAAAAUAUACAAAUUACCUAUGCAUUUUGUUUUGAUAUAUUC